CCCUUCCUUCCUGUCUGGCGUUCCUCUGCAGUUACAGCGUUCUGUAGUUUCUGUGUCAAGCUACACAACACAAAAAUGGCGUUCACAUUCGCGGCCUUUUGUUACAUGCUUGCUCUAUUGCUUACGGCCGCUCUUAUUUUCUUCGCCAUUUGGCACAUAAUUGCAUUUGAUGAACUGAAGACUGAUUACAAGAAUCCCAUUGAUCAAUGUAACACAUUGAAUCCGCUUGUGCUCCCGGAGUAUCUCAUCCAUGUGUUCUUCUGCGUGAUGUUCCUGUGUGCUGCUGAGUGGCUCACCCUAGGCCUCAACAUGCCACUGCUGGCCUACCACGUCUGGAGGUAUAUGAGCAGGCCGGUGAUGAGUGGUCCAGGCCUCUAUGAUCCAACAACAAUCAUGAACGCUGACAUCCUGGCCUUCUGUCAAAAGGAGGGCUGGUGCAAACUGGCCUUCUACCUCCUUUCCUUCUUCUACUAUCUCUAUGGGAUGAUCUACGUGUUGGUGAGCUCUUAGAGCGGUCAGAGGAAUGAUCUGCAUGUACGAGAUGAAACACUGUGGUUUUAGUGGAGAAGCUGAAACCGGGACCUGCAGGAAGACUGAUUAUUUACCACAGAGCGAUACAAGAUGUCUGCCGUUUCAACAGGAUGGACAAACCUAACCUCCCCUACCCAGAGCAGACAUUACUAAACAAACAACAUUUCUCCCUUUUUAUUUUCAAAUUGGGUCACAGCUUUCCUCUCGUUCAUAGUUUUAGUCAGUCCAGUUUUUUUGACCCCCCUCCCUACUUUUGACUGUUUACAAAUUAGAAGAGAUUCUGUUGUGAUCAACACCGUCAGUUAUAUUCAGAGCUGUGUUGCUUAUUAUCUAAUAAAUACUGUAUUAAGGAUGUGAAAAAUUAUUUUGUGUUGGGCUUGUCAUAAUUACAUGCUUAUUCAAUUGUAGAAUAUUGAAAAUACUUGUCUUUCCCAGACACAUUUGAAAACUAGAACUCACCUAAAUAGGUGUAUAAAGGGUUGAAUGAGUAUUAUCUUGAUCACCUGAUGGAAAAUGUGUUGCACAGACCGGGACAAUCAGUAUGGUUGUCUUAUAUCAAACUAUUUGAUACAUUUAGUUUAGGUUUACUAUGCUUUCUGAAAAACUUCUCAUUCUACUUUUGUGGCCCCUUGUUAUACAUACUUGCUUUUAAGGGGCGUUUUUGUUUGUAGAUGCUAAUAAGGCUAUUUUGAUGUGACGCUACAGCAAUCCAGAGUAGACAUUUCUGAAAUGUGUGAUAACGUUCCUACUGAGGCAUAUCUGUAACCAUUGAACCUGCUAUGUACUCAAACCAAUUCCAUCAUGUACCCUUUUAGAUUUGAUUUUGGUUUAAAAAUGUUUAUUUCAAUUUUGGCUACCAAAAAAAUAAUUAUUUAUUUGAAAAUGUGUCUUCUGCCUAGUUUUACACUCCUAUUUGUGACCAUUUCAGGAUCUCUAAUCAGGUUUUCUUGAUUUGAUUUCCAUUUGCAGGAAUUUGACUACUUUCUAAAAAGAUAAAGAAUAUUUAUCCCAA